AUGGGUAUCUUGGAGCGAAUCAAGGACAUCGAGCUCGAGAUGUCGCGCACGCAGAAGAAUAAAGCCACGAGUUCGCACCUGGGCGCGCUCAAGGCGCGCCUGUGCAAGCUUCGGUCGGAGCUCUUGAACCCGCCGAAAGCGGCCGGAAGCGGCCCGGGCGAAGGUUUCGACGUCGUGAAAUACGGGCACGGGCGCGUGGCGCUGAUUGGAUUUCCAUCCGUCGGGAAAUCGACGCUGUUGAGCCAAUUGACGGGCACGGAGAGCGAAGCGGCGGCGUACGAGUUCACCACGCUGACGUGCAUACCCGGCGUGAUUCACUACAACGACGCGAAGAUACAGCUUCUGGAUUUACCUGGAAUCAUAGAAGGCGCGAGCGAGGGUAAGGGACGCGGACGACAAGUUAUCGCGGUGGCCAAGUCGUCGGAUUUGAUUCUCAUGGUGCUGGAUGCGUGCAAGUCGGAGGCGGCGAAUUCGCGAUACGCGCACAAGGACAUUCUCACGCGCGAGCUCGAAGCCGUCGGAUUGCGGUUGAAUAAAAAGCCGCCGGGGAUUUACUGGAAGAAGAAAAAGGCGGGUGGAGUGCAGCUGAAUUCCACCGUUCCUGGCGGGCUGACGAAAAUUGACGAAAAGACGGUGAUUCGGGUGUUGCAAGAGUACAAGAUACACCACGCCGAAGUGCUGUUUCGAGAGGACUGCGACGUCGACCAACUCAUCGACGUCUUGGAAGGGAAUAGAAAGUACGUGCGCUGUUUGUACGUGUACAACAAGGUGGACGCGUUGACGAUCGAGGAAGUGAACACACUUUCGCGACGACCAGAUUCCGUCUGCAUCUCGUGCUACAUGAAUCUUGGGAUGGACUACUUGCUGAAGCGCGUGUGGGACGCCAUGGGAUUGGUGCGCGUGUACACGAAAAAGAUGGGGACGAAGCCCGAUUUCGAGGAGCCGGUCGUUCUGAGUGAUUCUCGCGGUGGCAUCGCGGUCAAACACUUCUGCGCGCAGCUUCACGCGGAUUUGCCUCGGCAGCUCAAGUACGCCUUGGUCUGGGGCACGUCGCCGAAGCACUACGGCCAACGCGUCGGACUCAAGCACGACUUGGAAGACGAGGACGUGGUGCAGAUUGUGAAGAGUGACAGGCACCACUACGAAGACGGCGUGGGAAGAUUUAGCACGAAAAAACGAAACGAUCCAGCUCGGAUUCAAGAUAGACAAAAGAAAGAGAAACUCAAAACUUAG